AUUAGAUUUUCAUUUUUACAGCAUCCAGAGAUGGAUUUUCACACCAUGAAUCGGAGGCAGCUUCAGGCGCUGUGUAAGAAGCAUGGCGUCCCGGCGAACUUGAAGAAUAUUGAAAUGGCGGAUCGGCUGGCCUCGAUCUACAAGGAAAAUGGAGAAUCUGUUUCGCAGGGACAAUCACCCUUGAGUAAUUUAGGUGUAAUACCUUGUGAUGAUGAUGCUAAGAAACAAGAUAAGAAAGUUACAUUUAGUCCAGAGGAUCAAGUUAUCUUCUAUGAAGUUUCUUUACAUAGGAGAGUAGGAAGGAGGAAGUCAAUGGCAGCAUCCAUGUCUAAGAAUCCGAAGGAGGAAGAAGACCGUGUGGUUAAGGAAGAUGAGAAGGUCAGAAAUCGUCCAAAGAGAACAAGGAAUAAUAGAAUGGAGGAUCAUUCUAUAGAAAGCAAUGAGAUUGAAAAAGUUGAAGUUGUUUCCAGAAGUAGACGAUCAAGGACACAGUCGAGGAAAGAAGGUUCUGCGGUUCAAGGGGAAGCUAAAAUUGCUGGUGUUGCAGAAGGAAGUGAAGGGGUUCUUCAACUUGAUGAACCUUCAAAAGUUUUAGGAAGAAAUGUGGUGAGACGAGAGUCUUCUUCGGUUCAGACAGGCCGAGAUGAAAGUAAUGCAGUUAAUGGAGAUGGUGCUGGAGUAGGAAAGGUUCUGAGGCGUUCGAAACGUAAGGCACAAGGGGAUAAUGAUUCUAAAAUUGUUGUUGUUGCAGAAGGCAGUGAAGGGGUUCUUCAACUCGAUGAACCUUCAAAAGUUUUGGGAAGAAAUGUGGUGAGACGGAAAUCUUCUGCCCCACUGACAGGCAGAGCUGAAAGCAAUGCAGUUAAUGGAGAUAGUGCUGGAGUAGGGAAGGGUUUGAGGCGUUCGAAACGCAAGGCAAGAGGGGAUAAUGAUUGCGAACCUCAAUCUGCCUCCAUUGUUUCAGCAAUUCAAAGUAAAACGGAUGUAGCUGAGGUUGAGGAAGAAUCUGAGGGAGAUAUUCUUCUUGAAGAACCACCCAAAGGUUUAAGUAGACAGGCUUCUAGACGGAAAUCUGUUGUGCCCAAAAAGGGUAAGGUGAGAAGUGAUGGACUGCUUGUGGAAAAGGAGACAAGGAAAAGGGUUAGAAAUAGCGACUUGGAUGCUAUUGAGGAAAAUGAUAAUGAGACUGAUAUGGAAAAGCGGAAUUCAGUUUCUCAGGGCCCCUCAAGAAGAAGCAGGCGCCACAAAACUGUUGCUCCUGCUGACACAGAGUUGGCAAUUCAAGGAGAAAGACGCCCAGAGAAAAAUGCUUAUGUGGUUAAAGAAUUCCCAAGAUCUGGUCAAAACACUUCCAAACACAAUUCAGCACGAAGCUCUAAAAAGGAUGAAAUUGCUGCUGUUGAGAAAGAUGGGUCACUUAACAAAGGAGAAGAAUCUAUUCUGGAAGGAGAAACUAAAAUGACUGAGUCUGGUCCUGUAACUGAAAAGCCCUCAAGGAGGACCUGUACUGCCUCUUCAAGCACCUCAGUUACACUUGCCCCUGCUAGUCCAACGUCUACAGAAGUUCAGAAGAAGCAAGAAAUCAGAUGGAGAAUGGCAACUGUUGACGAGGGGAUUGCAUCUCUAUAUGGUGUUUUAGCUCCCAAAGAACUACCAGCUGGAGAAGAAAGCUUGGCAGAACCAGAAGGUGCAGCAGAUGCAAAACAACUUGAUUUGGAUACAAGCCAGUGGACAAUUGAAUGCCUUGACGGGAGUUCUAAAAUCGGAAAGGAACAAAGAAAGGAGGCUUCUACAUCAGUAAAGUUGGGAAGUUUGUCUACAGAGCAAGAAAUAUGGCAGCCUUGUCAUAUAUCACCUUUGCAUGGCAAAGAAUACAGUUCAGUGAGAUGUGACAAAGAUAAACUGGCCUGUGGUGACAAUGUUGACAUUGAAGACAAUUAUCAGUCAUGUCAUUCUCUCAAUGGAAAAUGUGCUUCGGCAGAUGCUAAUUUGGUUGAGUCUAAACUGGUAGAAAUUGAAAUUAAUGAUAUCAACGUCGAUUCUUCUGAUGUUAUCCUCCAAGCUGAUGGCCUCUCAUCUGCUGACCAAGCGUAUAAUUCAGAUGAAACUUUGGUUGCACCGGAGAAAGGACUGUUAAUAGUUGAGAACAGUAACUAUAAAAGUGAUGAUGCUGAUGCCAAGGAGCAUGAAACUUAUAUCCAAGAGGACCAGAACUUAAUGAAAUUUCAUGACUCCAGUAUGACUGCUGUUGAACUAGUUCAGGAGGUAAAUAUCAAGCAUCACGUUGACAAAUUUGAUGACGGUGGCAGUUCUAAGGUUGAUUCUGAAACCUACUUGACAAGAGAAGAAGAAAUUAGUUCUGCUAAUUCUUCUGGCGGAGAAGGCAUCUUCCUAGAAGGAAGUGCAAUAGCAGAAAGUAUUGUUGUAGCUAUUGAAAAGCACGAAACUGCUGAUGAAUCCCAUCUUGUUACCAAAGAAACUGGUAUAGAAAAGAGUACAAAAGCCCAAUGGACUAAAAAUGGAGAAUCUGCGGUAAAUUUGUCUAUACCUUCCCCUGAAAACAAAGGCCUCGCAUGGAUAGCUACAAUUACUGUCAACAAUCCAGAAAAUGUGAUGUGUUGUGAAGUAGUGACGGAAGAAGUAAAACCAAGAAACAUUCAGUCUGAUGAUGUAUCUGGGUUUGAUGAGGACAGCCAACAGACUCAAGAUGACAAAGUAAUUCCAGUCCAGGGUGAUCCUGUUGAACUUGAAAGCGAAAUGGAUGGCCAGUUAUGCCAAUCUCUUGGUAGAAGAGCCACUAAUGCCACUGAUGAUUCUAUGAACUCUAGGCAGGAAGAAUCUGAAAGUAAAGUUGACAAGGUUUCUUCGGGAGAAAUCUCUGUUGCUGACGGUUUUUCAGCUAUCGACCAAAAAGAUCCUGCAGAGUGCACAGGUAAUACCCUGAACCCCUUAGACUUGCAACAAGGAUUGGAGACUGAAGAGCUAACUAGCUGUGAAAGCAAGUUCUGUUCAAGUGGUGAGGUAGAUGGUGAACAUAUCAAAGCUCCUAUUGAACAGGAUCAGAUCUUAGCAGAAUUAAAAGAUAUUGGCAUCAUUGCUUCUCAACCAGAUGGGGAUCAAAGUGAACUCUGUGAAAGUACUGUGUUGAAGAUGGUUUCUCAAAUUCCAUUGAAGAAUGCUGAGGAAACAAACUCAACUGAUUUUUCUGAAGAAGAAAAACUUCCUCAAUUUAAAAGUUUCCAUAAGGCUACUGACAAGAAAGAAACCUCUGUUGAGUCUGACCAUGCUCCUGCUGGAUCUUGUUCUGAAAAGAUUGUUGAAAUUCAGGGAACCACAAGUGCAUCCAGACCUACACCACAAAGCCAAGCAGUUGGAACCACAAUGAGUAGAGGUGAAAAUGGGUUCAGCAUUCUGGCAUGUGAAGACUGCAGCCCAAAAAAGAAAGAAGAAUCCCAAACAAGAAACAAAAAUUCUGUUCACGAAUCUGGAGUAACAUUUGAAUAUACCAGUAUGAUGGUUGACGGCGAAGAGAGACUGAUGCAGAAUGAAAUUAAGUAUUACCAAUCCUAUCGGUCUUUCAAUGGAAGGGAAACUCUUUGUGAUACUAAUUUGGUUGAAACUUCAGUGGAAUUUGAAAGUAGUAAUGAAAACUUGUUUUCUUCUGCCAUGGCCAUGCUGGCCAAUGAUUUCUCUUCAUUCAAUCAAGAAGACACUUCAGAUGGCCUUUCUCAACUAUUGGAUUUGGGAAAUGUAUUUGAGAUAGAUGAACCAACAUUAGGUGAGAAUGAGGACUUGGAAAGUGAUAGGGUGAGUGCUGAUGGUGAGAGGACUCCUGUUCAAGAAGAUACAAAGUUCAUGAACUUAGAAUAUGCCAAUAUGACUAGUGACAAAAUUGUUCAGGAGGUAAUUAUGGGGGAUCAGUUGAAUGAAAGCAGUGAAUGUAACAUUUCAAAGGGCAAUUUUGAAGUUGCCUUGAAGAAAGCUGAUGAAGUAUGCUUAUCCAAGUCUUCUGAUGGAGAAAGAAUUAUACAAACUGAAAGUGCUGUUAAGCUUGCUCCUGAAACUAGUACAGAAAUGGUUACAAAAAUCCAAUGGAGUGUCAUUGACCAUACUGGAGCAACUCCUUUUAUGUUUGAACAGAAGAGUCAAGUUUCAGGUACAAUUUGCAGUGUUGAAAACAUUAUGAGCAUUGCAGGACAUGGAAUUUUUGACGUACAGAGGAAUAAACAUGAAGUAAAAACAUUGGAAAAUGAAUUCAAAGAGGCAUUAAUUUCAGGCAAUAUCAACAGGCAACUCACAAAGGAGAAAGAAAAUGAAGACCCUGAGGGUUGUCUCAAUAAAUUGCCCGAGGAAAUGCCAAAGAAAUGUAUGGAUAACCUUUCAGAGAGGCGAGCAAUCAGUUCUGUUGCUGCAGAAGAGAGGAAUGCUAACAGCGUUGAAAAUGCUUACAAUCCUGAUGUUUCUUCACAAUGUGAAUUUUCAGGUUUUAGCAACAAGUUGUCCUUUAAUGAUCAUCAAACAGACAGCAAAGAGAUACGUGAAAAUUUUGAGGCAAUUUGCACUAAUAAUUGGGAUGAAAGAACACUGCUUGGUGAUAUACUAGAAGUCUCUUUGCCUCGGUUGGUGUUAGAGCAAUUGGAAAGUGCAAUUGAUGGUGCUCAAUGUUCUGAAAAUGAAGCAAAAAUUGAAGACAGUAUUGUUCUUAGUUGUAAAGCAUUGUCAUUGGUGGAACCAACCACGCUUAAUUCAGAAUUUUUUUCAAAGAAGCUUGAAGAUCAUGAACAGCUGGUUGGAGAAAGGAGCUGUGACGGUAAUGUGAAACAGCCUUUUUGUGAAGACUAUUCCGCCACAAGGAAGAGCAGAAAAAUAGAUGCAGAAGAGGAAAACACAACCCAUUAUCAAGUUACGGAUGUCCCAAGUGAUGGAGGAAGAAAUGAGAUGCCUAGUGAGGACAUAGGACAUGAACUUACAUAUGGAGGCACGAUCAAUGAGCAUGACGAGGUUGCAACAGUGAAAAGAGUUGGGUCUAGGAACAGUGCCGAAGGUUUGAAUGAUUUUGACCCUUGCACCCUAGAGAAGAGCAACACAGAUCUUCAAGAAGCUGCCAUGGAAAAAUUUAAAGACGACAAAAAUUCAUUACAUAAAGCCACACUCAUAGAUGACAUUGACAGGGUUCUUUUAGAGGAGCCUCAAUGUUUCAAUGAAGGGAAGAAUGAUGCUUCCGAGAGUAAGGAAAUACGUGGUUCAGGUUUGCCUGAUUACAUGUCUGACAGUUCUGCCGAAGUCUCCAAGGACGUCCGAAGCUGUGAAAAUUUGGCCUUUGUUUCUUCAUUGGAACCUGAGAUUGUUGUUGCUAAACCCAAUGAACACAAAGGAGAGAAUCCUGACGAAUCACAGAUUUUCACUAGUUGGCAGAUGAAUUUGUUUUGUGAGAAUGGCCUGGAUGGGGAUAGUAGUGAAGUUACCUGUUCAGAGAUAGGCACUCCAAAAACCAAAUUGAUUGGAGAAUCUUCAGAGAAAGUUGAAGAUAAGGUCAUUGAAGAAGAUGCUGUGCAAGUUUUAGAAGAGGAAUUUGGUGGGAAUCAACGUGAAAUUGCAGCAGAUAUCACUGGGCUGAAAUUUACUCACCCAGUUGUUUCGUUUGAGGCUAACAGCAAAGAUAGAGAAGAAAUCAAGGUAGAGGCUGACACUUCUAACGUUGAGCAAAGGUUCACUGGUCACGAGAAUUAUAAGGAUGAUGUUCUUGAGAUGACACAGGCUCAUUUUUCCUCAGACAGGACGAUUACUAAGGAUGAUGCAAGUCCUCACUUUUCCUCAUCUUUCGAUAAUCCUGUUUCAGGACUUGAUUCAAGAGACCUAAAAGAGGAUUAUUUAGCUGAAGCUGAUGUUCAAGAUGUAAAGUUUGCAAUCCAAGGGGAUAAAGUUGAAGACACAGAAGAAACAGUGAAUUUUAUCAAAGGUGCAGUAGGACUAAAUGUGCCAGUGACAGAUCAUUCUCAACCUUUCUUGAAUUCAGAUGUUGGUAAAGACAAUGUUUCUGAAGAAAACUUUAUGCAGCCCCAGAAUUUAUCACCUGAACAUACAAAUGCAGUAAAAGAGGAGGGAAGCAAUGGUUGCUUUGUGAAGCAAAUGAAUUCUUCAGUUAUGGAAAGAAAGAGCAGAACUAGUAUGAUUCCUAGAUUGCAAAAGAAACUCACCAUGGAUGCUAUGAAGGAGAAUAUGCUGAGCCCUAUGUGGAAGCAAGUUGGCAACAAGACUGCACCGAAACCAUCCUCUAAGAGGCGUGCUCUUGAGGAUAUCAGGAAACAUUAGCUUCAGUUUUCUCAUGUUUCCAGAUCUUCGCAAGGAAUGCAGUAACAGAUAUAGUGACCAUUUCUGAUUUACUUACUACAUAUGAGCACACCUGGUGCCCUAUUAAUUCACACUGUUCUGAAAAAUUAAAAAUGAUUUGACUGUCAUUUUUUUCUUAUUUUCCCAGAAAAGAUGUUUAAGGUUCUGGACUCUGCACAUUUCUGCUGUUUUAUCUUCAGCAACUGGGCUUCGAAAAUUUCUGCACUGACAGUUGUUAAAUUUGUUGUAAAUUUUAACAUAAAUUAAUUAUACUUGU